CUCUCCAAUACAAGAUAACAGGAAGGAAGAAAUAAGGCGAGCCAUCGACAAAAUAAGAAACGAAAGAAAGAAUGUAAAAAAAAAAGAGCCUGCAUCCACAAAGACCGAAAGCAAAGUAAAACAGAAGAAAAUAAGAAUAGGAUGGCUACAUAGAGCACAAGGCGCCAGGUUCAAGCAAGUGAGAAGAACUGGCGGGGGCUCUAUUCGUCAAAUUACAUACACUGAUGAUAACGCCAUAACUGUAGAGUUCCUUAAAAGUGAAGGGCAACGCAUGUUCUUUCCAGGAGGUACUUCCAUACACGGUCCUUAAAGCGAUGAGAAAGAAACGCCAACGUCAGAGUACGAGCCAAUGACCAACGUUUCUACUCCAAAGUAUGGUGUUUACAGUGCAGAAGGCGACUACAUUGACGUAAAAAGCAAUGUCUUAGAUAUCACAUACGAAGAAACUAAAGAGUCAUCAUACUCUGAAGUUAUCAUGCGAUCGUUAUCUUCAUGUAGACACCAGUGCUACGACCUACAGUGUUUGAAUGAUCCAUUCACACAAGACACCGAACUAGAUAACUACGAUCCCUUAGAAAACAAUUUUACAGUAACUGAGAUAACAAAAGGCAACACCUGUUAUAUCAAGAGAAAUUUUGCCGAUACAGAGUCUGAAGUGUCUGAAGAAAGUUUCAGUUUUCCUCAGUGUCCUAUGGACCACACAUCAAAUGAAAUCAUUCUCCAUCCCCCCUCUGAAGUUUGGGGAUAUGACGACAACAAGCUUUUACUAUGUGUUGUUGCUGCUUGCCAUGGAGACCCUGCCUAUUAUAAAUGGUAUCUUGAUGGAGAAAUACAAAUAAUCAAAGAAGGACAUGGUUUGUGUUGCCUUCCGGUUGGUGCAACUGGGGAUUACAAGGUUGAAGUACAAAGCAAAGGAAAAGCGGAAGUCUCAGAUUCUGUGGCGGUUAAGCCUUGGAGAUCCAAACCUUUGCCUAGAAUAGAAGAAGUUCACGAUGAUGCUGAUUCUAGUCUUCUUCUUUCCAAGUUGCCAAUCAUUGACAUCAAGGAUGUUGACUUCAACUCAAGAGAUGAAAUUGGAAGAGGUUCUUUUGGAGUGGUAUAUAAAGGUGUAUGGGCGGGAACUCCGAUUGCAUUGAAACAUAUAAAAUUGCGAAAUGCCAAAAGGAUGCAACCUGUUUUUGAAGCAGAAGUGCAGGUACACAGUAUGCUUCGCCAUCCCAAUAUCGUCCAAAUAAUGGCCAUGUCCCUGCUCAAGAAUUCUGUUUACAUAGUGUCAGAAUUAGUGGACGGGUUUAACCUAGAAGAUAUUUUAUUUUGUGAUAAAAGUUCUGAAGCACACAGCCAUCGAGAAAUGCUGCUUCAAGGCAAAGUCCUUGUUGCCAAACAAAUAUGUCAAGCAGUGACCUAUUUGCAUCAACUGAAACCUGCAGUAGUGCACCGCGACAUCAAGCCAGCAAAUGUCCUAGUUGACAAGAAAUCUGUUGCGACGAAACUGUGCGAUAUGGGACUGAGCAAAAUCAAGACAGGAAUAGCAACCACAGCUACCAAUGGAGUCCCGGGUACUAUUUAA